AUGGGUCAAGUCAAUGCUUUAUUCUUAAUUGCCAGCUUCACUAACAUCGCUUUAAAACUUGCACUUUAUGGUUCAACAACCACAUGUAUCAAAAUAAGAAAAUUUGCUAGUACGGCUCUUUCCGAUUACUUCGAAGAUAUCACAAGAGGACGUGUGCAGUCAGGCGGGCACUGCGUGGGCUCUAAUUCUAACGCUCCUAAUUUGGGGCGUCCAGGAUUCUAUAUCACUUUCACCAGUCACGGACCUGUUCGUCGAGUCGCUACGAGAGUCGAGCUCCCGGACGCGUAUACAGUUCAGGGCGUUGGUGCCAAGACUGCGGUUCGCGGAGGUCGAAUGAUGCGCGAGGGCAGUGGAACACCGUAG